AUGUCUACCGCCGUCGCAUCAGCCGCGGCCGCACCGCUCCCAUCUCCUCGCAUGAACAGAGACUCGAGUCCGAGACGGCUGGCUCCAGCAAAUACCAGCAACCAAUCCAGCUCUACGCCACCGCGCGCGGCCAUUGUGUCUCGAGAUGGGUCUUCCAAUAAGAGUUCCCCUGCCGGGAAGAAAAUGACUUCUCCCUCCUCGCAGAACGGCAGCAACCCCCCGAAAGUUAUCGUGAAAAAGGAGCCGCCCUCGUCGCCUGGAAUGCAAACCAGUACCCGCCCCCGACCCCGAAAACUCGACCUUUCUACCAGCCUUCCUACCUCCGAAAGAUUGUCAGCCCGGGCCCCGGGUGGUCCUAUGACUGCUCGCGAUGUUAAGAUGCAGGACGUGGGAAUCGCCUGCCUGUCGCCUGGCUUUCAGACUCACGACCCGAUUAUGCGGGAACAACUGCAAAGAAGCCUAUCAGUGCGCGACCAGCAACGGCAUAUAAUUGAAGCCAGGCUCCAAAAAUCGGCUAAAGAUGACGGUCCAGACGGCGUCAAACCGUCCGAAUCCAACCCAUUUAGUAUCCCAAAGGCCGGUGCUUCGAAAAGAAGAGCCCCCCCGGGGCUCUCCAUUGUACCCCCAACGGCGGCCCAGUUUGCGAACGAGCGUGUCGUCCAAUCUGCACCACUUAACCAGACAUUUACGGGCCGUCAUCAGCCACAACCGCUAACGCGGCACGUGGUGAACCAGAGCCCAACACUAGGCUCUAGUUCACAUAUUCACCAUGUACCUGCCACACAAACCAGCAAUCGCCUUCCACCCCUUUCAGAUGUUUUCGGCUCCGAUGCCCUGGCAGCUUCUCGGGACCAUGACUCGAACCGCACUCCUUACUACCAGGGAUCAACUGCAUCUAAUUCAAACCAGUCAAAUAACCUGCCUCCUCUACCAUCGCCCAGAAUACCGGGGAGUGCGCAACAAUCGAACCGACCCCGCGAAUACCGUUCAGCCGAGGAGGCAGUUCAAGAUUUAUCUGGUGGGCGAGAAGACCUACUGCCACGUAUUGUGCACUACGGUGGACAUCAACCUCCAACCCCGCCUUCCCCCCGCGCCGUCAAUGGUCCAAAGUCAGCUGUGCCUCACCUUGAAACUGUGCCAAUGGGGAGUGCGCACGCUCCGCAUCAUCCAGCACCAUACGCAGCGGAAGGAACUUCUCGUCGCCGUCCCAGAAGUGAAUAUGAGCGGGAUAACGGAAGCCCACCCUUGGGGCAUGGACCCGAUUCUCAUUAUAGACCCAAUCCCGCAUUGGGACAUGGUGCGGGUGCUGCCUAUGGUCCGUUUGGGGCAGGGCGGGACUCUCCGGAGACGCAGCGGAGAAAGAAAGAAGAAUUCUUGGGUCUCUGUGCUCGCGCCUGGGACCUAUUCCAUUCUUAA